CCAGUCCAACCCUAGUCCAGCCCAGACACUCAGAGAGUCUAACUCAAUCUCUGAGAUUUCUAUAGAGCAGAGGGGGGAGUAGAGCAGAGCAGCAGGCCCUCCCACCGCCUACAUAGAGCAGAGGGGGGAGUAGAGUAGAGCGGAGCAGCAGGCCCUCCCACCGCCUAUAAAGGACAGCCAUACGGAGACACUCAGACAGAAAUCACACGUGUAUCUGUGUAGAGGCAGAGGGAGGCUAACAGCACGCUGAGGGGAACUCAGAGGAAACAGACGCUCACAAUAUAUCCAGCCAGGAGUGAAGGAGGGGUCCACCUUGAGAGAGACAGACAGACAGAGAAAGAGAGAUAGGUGAGAGAGUGAGACAGAGAAAGAGAGAGAGAGAGAGAGAAGAGAGAGAGAGAGAGAGGUGAGAGAAGCAGAGAAAGAGAGAGAGAUAGGUGAGAGAGUGAGACAGAGAGAGAGAGAGGAGAGAGAGAGAGGUGAGAGAAGCAGAGAAAGAGCGAGAGAUAGCAAAUAGUGUUUUAAUCUGAGUGUCUUUUGUCCUCAUGUCCAAGGAUUAAGUAGAGGAUCUACAGUACUGGGGGAUCUGGUCUUUCUACAGGUCUCUAUAUGAGAGAGGAGUCUCCCACCUGUCUUGUAGAUCUGGACUGAUGUCUUUUACGAUGGUGCAUACGGCUCCCCCAAGCCGCUUCAUCUUCUCCGACAUCAGCAUGAUGUCAGAGGACGAGGAGGAGAACGGCGGCAGCGAGAGCUCGGGCUCCGACUCCCAGAAGUCCUCCUUCCGUCUCAACGGUGGCUCCAACGGGUUUCAGAUCAAGGUGGGAAGCAGGAAGAGGAAGUUCUGCGGAGUUGCCGGGAGGCUGGCGGGGCCCCCGAUGGUGGCAGGGGCCCCGGUCGUGGAGGUGCGGCAGCGGAACGUGGCAAACGCUCGAGAGAGGGACCGCACCAACAGCGUGAACACGGCCUUCACUGCCCUGAGGACCCUCAUCCCCACCGAGCCAGCCGACAGGAAGCUGUCCAAGAUCGAGACUCUGCGGCUGGCGUCCAGCUACAUCUCCCACCUGGGUAAUGUACUGCUGGUGGGCGAGGCAUGUGGGGAUGGGCAGCCGUGCCACACCUCCACACCCCCAUUCCACCACCACACCCUCCACAGUCUCAGCCCCUCGCCCGACCGGGGCUCAGAGAACCAGCCCAAACACAUCUGUACUUUCUGCCUCAGCAAACAGAGGAAAAUGAACAAAGACAGAGACAGAAAAACAACUGUAAGAAGAUGACGCCUGAAGGACAGAAACAUCCAGAGGAUAAAUAUCCAACACUUUGGUGAAGGAUCACUUCAAUUAGCCUAUUCUUCAAAUGAAAGUUGUAAUUACAGUUGUGUACUUAAUGAGAAUACAAUAUUUGUAUCAUAUAUAUAUAUAUAUAUAUAUAUAUAUAUAUAUAUAUAUAUAUAUAUUGAAAGCACAAUGGUGUAUUUAAGACCAUGGAGGAUUUGAUAGGUGUGUUAAGGGAGGAUGUGUCAGCAAAAAGUCCAUGAAACAUGGGAUGAUAUAUAGACUCAUGACCGGUUAAUAUCUAUCCUUAAACUACUGGGCAUUAUAAUGAACAGGUAGAGGAGGACAGCUAUUUCAACGGCUGCAGCCCAAAUGGCACUCUAUUCCCUAUAUAGUCUACUACUUGGGCUCUGGACACACAAAUGACUCGUUACUGAACCUUCCACGGACUUCAGAGCACCCAAAUAUGACAUAACACCACUGUAGAACCCUCCCUGGACUGUAUGCCCUUCACUCUCAUCAAUACGUGCUGGAUGUUCAUGUUAUUGAUGUUAAACAUAUUGUGUUAUUACGCUGAUGGAUCUGUACUGGCUGAAUCAUGGGAGAAAUGCAACCCUUUAGGAAGAAUCAGCAGUAGUUCAGUACCAUACUGGCUGAAUCAUGGGAGAAAUGCAACCCUUUAGGAAGAAUCAGCAGUAGUUCAGUACCAUGCAGACCCCGACAUCCCCCAUCCUUUCAUCAAUUACCAAUCAGAUGGAUUUCUAAAGCUCUUCUCUUUUACAUCAACAGUUGUUACAGAGUGCUUUUCAGAAGCACAAGCAGAAGCUCAGCCCUCAGCCUCAGACAGUGGUGAUGGUGACUGGCAGAGCAGAGGAACAGAUCCUAGAUUACAUCUGCAGGUAGAGCUCUGGAAGUCUGCCUGUCCCGUCCCCUGACUGUCCUCUCGUUUACCUUUGGAAUUCCAUGUGCUCCCUCCGUCUCUCCUCCUCUUCUCCUGCGUUCUUCCUUCUUUUCCCCAGGAGCGCUACUGACUCACAGGCUCUGUUCUGAUGGCUUUACAAUGUGUGCAGGGUUCACUCAGAUUGUCCUCUGUCCUGCAUCUUUGCUGCUUCCUUUUCUAUCCGCCAUCCAUGAUCCCUGUUUGAAGAAGAAGAAGAGGUCCACUUCAUUGUGCCAUAUCCAUGGAUGUCCAACUGCUCCUUGUCUUGUCCUUUUUGUCCAACCCCUCCAAAGACUUUACACACACAUACAGUGGUUUGAGAGCUCUGACAGAUUUCGGUCCACCUCCUGAAAAAUCAUCAAGAUCUUUUCAUAAAUAGUUGAACAUUUGGAAAUCUGGGCCAAUGUUGUGUAUUGUUUAUGUGUUUUUGUAUUGUUUAUGUAUUGUUCGAUAAAAAUAUGUUUUAUGCUAA